ACUUAAUGUAUAUAAUGAUUCAUAAAUAAACUAAGCACAAAAUUAUUAUAUGCCCUAAUGAUGUUUUUGUGGUGUUUUUCCAAGAUUGAAAGUGACGUCAGAUGGAUGUUGGUGAGUACCUCAUGGCAGCAGAUGCUGCGUUUCAUAGGCUCAGUGUGAACUGUAACUUGGAAGCUGCUCUUAGUGAUUUUAUAGGUCAGUCCUGCUUCUGGGAUCCAACUUUAUGUUGUGGUUAAGAAAUGUUUCACAUCACUCAGACUGAGUCACAAGACAAGUGUACUUACAUUGUAAAUAAAUAUUUCAGUAGCUUUGAAGAAUGAAGAGGAAUAAUCUCUCUGCUGUGAAUAAAGUGGUCCAGUCGUCACCAGUAGUGAAACAGCCCAAACGUGGCCUCUCCGCCUCUCUCAACCAGACUCACGCGCGCCCAGCCCUUCUAGACUGGGGCACUUUGCCUCACCAUGUGAUACUGCGAGUUUUUCAGUAUCUUCCUCUGAUAGAUCGAGCCCGAGCAUCCUCUGUGUGCAGGAGAUGGAAUGAAGUGUUUCACAUUCCUGAACUUUGGAGAAAGUUUGAGUUUGAGCUGAACCAAUCGGCCACUUCUUACUUUAAGUCCACGCAUCCUGAUCUUAUUCAACAGAUCAUCAAAAAGCACGCCGCGCAUCUGCAGUAUGUCAGCUUUAAGGUCGAUGGAAGCACUGAGUCAGCAGAAGCUGCCUGUGACAUCCUCUCUCAGCUCGUCAACUGUUCUAUCCAGACCUUGGGGUUGAUUUCAACAGCCAAGCCAAGUUUCAUGAAUGUGCCAAAGUCUCAUUUUGUGUCAGCACUUACAGUUGUGUUUGUCAACUCCAAAUCAUUAUCAUCAAUUAAAAUUGAAGACACCCCAGUGGAUGACCCCUCACUGAAGAUCCUUGUGGCUAACAACAGCGACACUCUGCGGCUCCUGAAAAUGAGUAGUUGUCCUCAUGUCUCAUCUGAUGGGAUCCUCUGUGUGGCGGACCACUGUCAGGGCCUCAAGGAGCUGGCAUUGAACUACUACAUUCUGAGUGAUGAGCUUCUCCUUGCACUCUCCAGUGAGACGCAUGUGAACCUCGAGCAUCUUCGGAUAGACGUUGUAAGCGAGAACCCUGGACACAUCAAGUUUCACUCUAUUAAGAAGCACAGCUGGGACGCGCUGAUUAGGCACUCCCCGGGAGUUAGCAUUGUCAUGUACUUCUUCCUGUACGAAGAGGAGUUUGAGACAUUCUUCAAAGAAGAGACCCCCGUCACGCACCUUUAUUUUGGGCGUUCCGUAAGCAGAACCAUCCUAGGCCGGAUAGGUCUUAACUGCCCGCGGCUGAUUGAGCUCGUCGUGUGUGCAAACGGCCUCCAGCCCCUGGACCGGGAGCUCAUUCGCAUUGCUGAGCGUUGUAAAAACCUCACAGCGCUGGGCCUGAGUGAGUGUGAGGUCAGCUGUAGUGCAUUCGUUGAGUUUGUGAGACUCUGUGGCAGAAGGCUCACCCAGCUGUCUAUCAUGGACGAAGUUCUGGUCCCUGACGACAACUACACACCAGAGGAAGUCCACAUUGAAGUCUCCAAGUACCUGGGAAGAGUGUGGUUCCCGGAUGUGAUGCCUGUCUGGUAGUCAGCUACCAUGGUGGGUUUUCUCUUUGUAGAGUUAGCUGUU